AUGGAGAGAUACACCGGGUGCGGCGAACGCCACAGCUGCAUUGAGAUUCACUUGCAGAACUUCCACUACCUUUCGGGCAAGUACUGCUUCCAGGGCGAGAAUGCCGCCAGGAGGAGUCAAGGGCCAGUCUACUUCAAGCACGGUAUGACGCCACAGGAAUCCUUCUGGCUUAUGCGAGCAGAUGCCUCUCGGCACCAGCUUUGUGAUGACGGCGAUUGGGUCCUGCAGAGGGUGGAAGCUGGUAAGGACCGAUGCCCCCCACUAAUUUCAUGA